CAUUGGUUGCAUGGUGUUGGCAGUCGCCGCGUACAAAACAAUAAAAAUCCUCUGCGGGUUUUGUUUAUGCUGCAAAAAUGACGAUUUUGUACAAAGUUGAGGGCAAAGAGUUCAGCAAGGACAGUGUUUUCCCACACAAAAUGGUCCUCUGCUCCGUGUCUACCCGGAAUAUUGUGGCCUUCAGCGCCCUGCAGAGCGCAAUAGUUCCGUCCUCCCACGGAGGAGAAGCCGGCGAUGGAUCCUUGCCGGGAGCAGGCUUGGCUGUGGGCGCCAGCAACAGCCAUGUGUACGUGUGCGACAUUGUGACCCCCUGGGAAUACUACAAGGUGUGCUCCUCCAAGUCGCUGAUCAGUGUGCUCCAGUGGAGUCCCAACGGUGAGCAACUGCUGCUUGGCUUCGUCGGCGGACGCGUAGAGAUCUGGCAGCCAAAGAACCAGUCCAUCAACCUGUGGCUCCUGCAGUGCCACGCCACCGUGCCCAGCGAAGACAUCGUCCAGGCGCUGUUCUUUCACAACGGCAAGGGCGUGAUCUUUAAUCCACAGAAGAAGGAUCACACCUACUAUGCGGAGAAGUUCGAGCGGCAGGAGCAGCAGAAGCCCACUCUCUGCGGAUUCGGCGGAGUGCCUAGCGAGGGCUGCGUGCUGCUCACAUCCUCUGGACUUCUGGCCGCAUUUGGUCUACCCGGGCUGCAAAAGACAACCACAAGCGGAGGAGGAGGAGGAGCGGAAGGACCUGCCCAUGAGAUCCUCGAGCUGACGCCCACGCUUCACAGCAUUGGCAUCUCACGCAGUUUUAUUGAGCACUGCAGCAUGUCGCCGAAUCCAUCGGGAGCACUAAAUGUCGCCUUUAGUUGCGGCUGGCAACAACAGUUGGUGCAGUGCUUCAGGGUUUCUUUGUCCCUGGAGGGCGAACUAGGUCUCGAGCAGCAUCUGACCAUCAAGUCCGAGUCGCAGGCCAGCAUAUUCUUGGGUCCUCUCGAUGGACGUCGGAUAAGUCACUUAAAAUGGACGCGGGUGGCCAGCGAGAAUGUGAUCUUCAUUGCCUACGCCUGUCCGGAUGGUUCUGGCAGCCAACUGGAGCAGUGGACGCUGACACGCCGGCAUCAGAGUGUCCACGCUCUGCUCCAGGGCGGAGGCGGCUCCAACAGCAAGCCCAACGAGUUCGUGCAAUCCGAAAGCUGGGAGCAGGUGGGAAAAGUGCAGCUUAAUGCAUCUUUGGCUGAUAUUAGCGUAACCCGACUAUCAGUUUCCGCGCCGGAUUGCUGCCAGGUGUAUGCCAUUCUUCAAGACAACAGCGUCCAAGUUUUGGAGCCCAAUUCGCUGAAGCAACUAAAUCACACUCAGUUCGAGAAGGUUUCGGACGCCAGUGGUGGAGUGAGGUUCGUUAGCGGCGACUUAACGCCCACCAGCCAAAUGCUACUGAUCUUCGACAGCCAUGCGCAGUUGCACGCCAUGCAGGCUCCUCUUGUAAAGCAAACAGGAUCUAGUUUGCUUUUACUGGAAUAUUGCAUAGUCACAGGCUGUGAUGCUAGUGAUGUGCUCCUCCUUAAUCUAGGAAAUUUGGAGGCCCUGGUUGAGAAACUAACGGACAACUUUACGCGGCAACCAUCGUAUGUGCGGCACUAUUACUAUGCCAACUUUCUGGCCCUUAAAUCCAACCUUUGCCGCGUGCAGCAGCAGGAGUUCGACAAUCUGAUCAUUCUGCACGCCAUAUCCACCACAUUCAAGAGCCUCCUGCGACCCUCCGAUUUGGGCUUUCAGGAUAAAGGACCGGCCGAUAACUUGGCCAUUAAGCUGGCCGAAUCCAUACCGGAUGUGGACACCGUUAUGCUGAACCUGGAUGCCAAAGACUUCACCGUGGAGCCGGUUAUGCUGCAGAGCCUUCAGCAGCUGAUUCAGUGGGUCACCGACCUGGCGCUCAACAUGUUGCACCGACUGCCCGAAGAGGUGAUGAAGAGCAAGCUUUCCGGGAAGCGGCCAAACUACGACAUCAGCCGGGACAUCGUGGCGAUAGGCAGUCUACGCGAACUCUUGGUCAUGAUCCGCAUUUGGGGCCUGCUAAACACCCAGUGCCUGCCCGUGUACACCAAAACCAUGGAUAACAUUGAUGUACUGGUGAUCCUAUUUCGUUUACUGACUCGCUUGGCUCAAAAUCCCGCUGAGCCGGACGAAAUGCUGCUAGACGAGUGCAGUCUGCUGUCCAAGCAACUGCUGAUUCCCCAACCCACGAAGUUUAGCCCCACCACGCUGCUCAGUGCCCAGGGAUUCGCAGCCGUUAAGUCGGGACAGCUGCAGUUCACCUCGCUGGUGGAACCAACCUGUCUUCAGGACAUGGAAACAGAGGAGGUGGUGUUCUCGCGAUCAGUCAAGGAUGGCGUUAGCAAUCUACAGUUGGGCGCCCGACCCACCACCAUCCGGAGGUGCGCCCGCUGCGGAUUCGUCUUCGUCAACAACGCCAGCAAGGUGGCAAAGACGUCCGCGCUUAAAGCGUGGUUCAGCAAGUGGCUGCACUGCCACUGCGGCGGCUUUUGGAAGCAAAUAAACUAGUUAAAUAUGUGUCUAUCCUUAGUUUUAAGUGUAAUCGUAGCAAUAAAAUUCAAAAGAAAGGUCAAGUUUUAUUUUAAAUUGAAAAAGCAUAAGUGUUUAAUACCUUUAUUAAGCCUGUCUAUUUACUCA